AUGUUCAGAAAACCAUCGAAGCUUCUACAAAAGGAAAAGAGGAAACAAAAGAAGUGCAAAGGCGUAUUGCUGAUUUUUUUCUAUGAAAAUGGCAUUCCAUUCAAUGCUUCCAAAUCAAGAAGUUACGAAAUUAUGGUUGAGGCUAUCGGACAAUAUGGUUCCGGUUUGAAACCUACUAGUUAUCAUCAGUUGCGAGAACCAUUUCUUGAAGAUGCCGUGAAUGUAACACAUAAGUUGAAAGAAAGGCACAUGGAAGCUUGGAAACAAUAUGGGUGUUCCCUUAUGUCAGAUGGGUGGAUAGACAAAAGAGGGCGACACUUGAUAAAUUUUCUUAUCAAUAGUCCAGAGGGGACUUUUUUCUUAGAGUCUAUUGAUGUAUCAGCUGAGUCACAUGAUGCAAGAAUGUUGGCUGACCUGCUUGAAAAAAAGGUUGAAGAAAUUGGCAAGGAGUAUGUUGUGCAAAUUGUGACGGAUAAUGGAGCAAAUUAUAAAGCAGCGGGAAGAUUAUUAGAACAGCGCAUUCUUGGUUUUUUUUGGACACCAUGUGCAGCUCAUUGUAUCGAUCUUAUGCUAGAAGACAUUGGGAAAAUGAAUGAAUUUAAACCCUACAUUCAAAAGGCUAGGGACGUCACCACUUUUAUUUAUAGACAUGGGAGAAUUCUCAGUGCAAUGAGGGAAAAGACCGGUGGCAGAGAUCUGGUGAGGCCGGUGACUACCCAAUUUGCUACCACAUUUCUCACUUUGCAGAGUUUCAACAAAUAUAGGAAUGAACUGAGGCGGUUAUUUGUGAGUGAUGAUUGGAGCGAUAACAAGUUGUCAAAAACGUCAAAAGGAAAAAAGGUGAUGAAAACCAUUCUUUCAUCGAAAUUUUGGGAUCAGGUAGAAGAUUGUUUACGAGCAACCCUUCCUCUUUUGAUUGUUUUGAGGAUAGUCGAUGGUGAUGAAAAGCCAGCCAUGCCUGAGCUUUCUUCGGCUAUGAAUCAUGCGAAGGAGAAAAUAACUGAAUCUUUUACGAGCAAUAACAAAACAAGAUUGCUGGCCAAGUUGACGGAAAUAAUUGAGGAUCGAUGGAGCAAUCAAAUGGAGGUGAAGUUAUAUGGGGCUGCACUAUUCCUAAAUCCUUCAAAAUAUUUUGAAUUGAAGAGGAGUGAUCCCGUAUUUGCUCGUAAGCAACGUCAGUUGUUUAAUGAUGUCGUAGAAAAGAUGGUUAAAGAUGAAGAAUUUAUGGAUAAGAUUAGUGAUCAAGCAGAUGAUUAUGAUAAAAUGCGAGGAAGCUUUGGCCGUCAAUUGAAUUGGGUUGAUGAUUCUCGAGAUUUAGUUCAUGAAGAUGGAGAUCUUGAGUGGCAUCAUGUUGAUGAAGCCGUAGGUGCUUCAAGUAAUCUCAAUAAUUCCAAUCUUCGUAGUAAAGGUGUUGGUGAAUCCUCAGGUCCCCCCAUCGUGUAUGACCGUCGCCAUGGCCCUUCUAACAGACGUUUGACAAAUGAGGAUGAAGAAAACGAUGAAGAUGAUAUGAAUACUGAAGAUUAA